UCUCAUUUGCUUGUCAAUUUCAAUUACAAGAAUUUCGCUCUCAGAUGAACUGAGAGAGUGAGUGAGGGGAAAAGCACAGAGAGAAAGAGGCGACAGUGAGAAAGGGCGAGGGAUGAAAGACGAAGCCGUCAGCUCCUCGCGCGACCCGUUAUUGCCCCCAAGAUCUUCGUCUCCUCCUCCGAGCCUCACUCCCGCUGCCAGUUCUGUUGGGGCAUCAUCUCCUGCUGUUCCCACAAAUGCUGGAAGCUCAGAUGGUCUUGGUCAAGUGCAGAAUUCGAGAGGAGGGUCUCUUUCGCGGAUUGGUUCCCAGCCCAUACACGCAUCAUUGAGCACCAGUGCUGGUGGUUCAGCACUGGGAACAUCACAGCCUUCUUGUAGGCCCUGGGAAAGGGGUGACUUGCUGAGGCGUCUCUCAACAUUCAAACCAGAAAAUUGGUUUGGAAAGCCCAAGGCUGCUAGUUCCCUGGCAUGUGCCAGAAAAGGUUGGGUGAAUGUGGAUGUUGAUAAAGUUGAAUGUGAAUCCUGUGGUGCAAUUCUGAAGUUUGUUUCAUCAGCUACAUGGACUUCUUCUGAAGCUGAUGGUGCUGGAGAAGAAUUUUCCAAGAAACUUGAUGAAGAGCAUAAGGUUAUCUGCCCAUGGACAGGAAACUGCUGUGCAGAAAGUCUGGUGCAGUUCCCGCCGACUCCCCCAUCAGCACUUAUUGGUGGUUACAAGGAUAGGUGUGAUGGACUGCUCCAGUUUCCCUCCCUUCCUGCCGUGGCUGCAUCUGCAAUUGAGCAAAUGCGGAUUUCUCGAGGCUCAGAAAUUGAUCGUUUGCUGGUCCAGUCUCAGCUUGCACGCAAUGAAUCUGGCAUCAAGCCAGAAUUUUUUUUAGGAACUGAGUGCUCCAGAGAUGAUGUCUUCUUCAUAUACUCCCGUUGUCAGAAGCUCAUAAGCCUUUGUGGAUGGGAACCUAGGUGGCUCCCAAAUAUUCAGGAUUGUGAAGAGCAUUCUGCACAAUCAGCUAGAAACGGCUGCUCAAUUGGUCCUUCAAAAUAUCGUGCUCCUCCCCGUGAUCCUAGCCGAGGAAAGAAAGCCUUGUCCUCUUCAGCAAAAAGGGAUUAUGGUGGAUAUGAAGUUACUGGAAAUAACUCAAAAGGUGUAUCCAGGUCACCGUUGCUAGACUGCAGCUUAUGUGGUGCGACAGUCAGACUGUGGGACUUUUUAACUGUACAGCGUCCCUCUAGUUUUGUUCCAAGUAGCACUGAAGGUCCUGAAACUAGCAAGAAGAUGUUGACACGUGGAAUAAGUGCAGCAAGUGGCAUCAGUGGGUGGGUUGCUGCAGAUUGUGUGGAGAAGGAGCAGGCAGAGGACCUUGAUGAAGCUGGAACUGGAGAAGGAAAGUCACUUUCAAAUGUUGGGGUGGAGUUGAAUCUUACAAUGUCUGCUGUAUUGUCGUCAUCGCGGUUGAACAUGAAUGCUGCAUCUGAACAGUAUCAAUAUGGGCUUAGAGGUAGAGAUUUAUUGGUUGGGCAGCCUUCCAGCAGUGAGGUUGGUGAUCGAGCAGCUUCGUUUGAAUCACGCGGCCCUAGUUCACAUAAGAGGAACUUAGAUGAAGGUGGAAGUACAGGUGACAGGCCACACUUUCUGCAACAAGCAGACAGUGGAGAGGGUACGGUCAUUGAUCGCGACGGUGAUGAAGUUGAUGAUGGUGGACAGUACUCUGCUGGUCCUUCAAAGCGUGCCCGUGAGUCUUGGGUUGUAGAACCCCGUCGGUCACCAUAUAGAAAAGAUUCUUCUGGUGCUGGUCCCAGCCUGUCAUUCGGGUUCGACAUAGGAGUCGAUGCUUAUAAGGGGGAAUUUGACCAGGGUACUGAACAAUUCAUAGGUAAUCCAUCAACUAGAGAUUCAACGCGGGCAUCCUCUGUCAUUGCAAUGGACACUAUGUGCCACACUGCAGAUAAUGAUUCAAUGGAAAGCGUUGAGAACUAUCCUGGCGAUUUUGAUGACAUACAUUUGCCGUCUACAUCAGGAAUAAAAAACAACGAACAUCCUGAGACAUCAGAGGUGAAUUACAGCAAUCAAGCACAGCAGAGUACUUGUCCUGCUGCUGUGAGAAGUACUGGUGAAAUUGGAGUCAGUAGUGCAAAUGAAGAAGAAGUUGUAAACACAGAUAUUGCAACUGCACAUGGGAGGGAUGGUCCCAGCUUGGGGAUUAGUGGAGGAAGUGUUGGCAUGGGUGCUAGCCAUGAAGCUGAAAUUCAUGGGAUUGAUACUUCUAUCUACCGAACUGAGAGUGUUGUUGGUGAUGUAGAGCCUAUUACUGAAGUAACUGAUAACCAAGGCCAAACAGGCGAAUUUGCACCAGAUCCAGUGUUGAUGGGCGAUUUUGUCCCUGAAGAAGUGGAUAGAGAGGAUCCUCACGGUGAUAGUCAAGAUCUUAUGUCUCGGUCUGUAGUUAGGGCAGAUAGUGGUUCAAAAGUUAUGGGUUCAACUAAGGCAGAAUCUGUUGAAAGUGGAGAAAAGACAAGUAAUAUGCGAGCCACCUCUUGCGAGAACAGUCCCCAUCCUUCACUUUCUUGUAAUGCCAUUUUAUAUUCUGGCGUAGAGCUAUCUAAGGAAGAAGUCACACAAGCCACCAAGGAUCCAACAACCGAUGACUGUGGUUUUGUGGAAUCAGGCUAUCAAGUUGCAAAUGGAUCAGGGCCUCCCAAUGGUGGAAGCAACUAUGAUGAAGCUGUGGAAUUUGAUCCAAUAAAGUAUCACAAUUACUACUGUCCUUGGGUGAAUGGAAAUGUUGCUGCAGCUGGCUCUAGUAGCAGCGGCGGCGGCUCUGGCUCCAGUCACAGUGCUCUUGCGCUUUGUGGUUGGCAGCUGACGUUAGAUGCUUUGGAUGCUUUCCAAUUGCAAGGCCAGGUUCCACCAGUGCAACCAGUUGAAUCUGAAUCUGCUGCUUCGAUGUAUAAGGUUAACAUAGAUAGCCAGGAUGACCAUCACACACCUGGUCAGAAGCUCUUGGCAAAACACUCUUUCAGUAAGAGCAGUGGGAGGACCUAAAUGGGCUAUUCUUGAAGAUGUGGCGUCUGCUUGCAGUUAUUAUUGCCUCAUGGUACUCUGAUUGAACCGAGAGCCUAUCAGCGCUUAUUCAAACACAACGUGUUGAUGUUAUUUGUUAAUUUUCACCUCAAAUGGAGUAAAGUAAUGGAAAUCUAAAGUUCCAUUUCCUAUGUUUAUUCAGGAUGCAAGAGAACCUCUCUAUCUUGAGUAUCUUCUCCCUUUUGGACCUCAGUUUUAGUAACGCCUUUAAUCAAUAAUAGUUGUGUGGGAUUAUUGUAUUCUACUGUUUCAGAAUAUUACUGCUGCGGUUCUGGAGAUUGCUUUUCAUAGCUUUUCUAUUUAUAUUCGGACACUCUGUAUACGUAUAUUUUACCUAAGUCGACCUCCAAGUUCAAAAUCA